AAUUCUAUCUUAUUUCAGUCGUUGCAGUCGAACACUUUGGAAGGAAAAUGUUACUGCUCAGGAUUUCAUUCCUGCUGAGCAUCACCGUGAUACUCGUUUCAACAUCCGAUACUUCUGGACCACGAAUUUGCAUCGAGGACGGAUGCCUCCUGGGAAAGGACUUCCACAGUCAAAAGGGUAAGCUAUACGAAGCAUUCCUGGGCGUUCCUUACGCCAAACCACCGAAAGGGGAGCUCCGCUUCAAAAAUCCACAGCCGAUAGAAACGUGGACCGGAGACUACGAUGCCACAUUCGAACGCAGCAAAUGUGUCCAGAAGAAUGAUCUGUGGAUCGAUCAGGAGGUGGAAGGAGACGAAGAUUGCCUUUACAUAAAUGUGUACAAACCGAAACACCCCAAGCACGCCAAGCUAGCAGUAAUGGUCUACAUUCAUGGCGGCGGAUAUUUUUCCGGAUCAGCAUCGAAAGGAGAAUUCGGACCGGAUAGGUUCAUGGAUACCGAGGAAGUCGUUCUGGUGGUGAUGCAAUACCGACUGGGUGUUUUCGGCUUUCUGUCGACCGGAGAUCAGGCAGCUACGGGGAAUUUCGGACUCAAAGAUCAGAAUGCUGUACUGAGAUGGGUUCAGAAGAAUGUGAAUCAGUUUGGCGGGGAUGCGGAAUUGGUGACCCUAUUCGGUCAAAGUGCUGGCGGAGCCUCCGUACAGAUGCAGAUGGUGAGUCCGUUGAGUAAGGGUUUGUUUGCCCGUGCUUGGAGCUUGAGUGGAAGUGCGCUGGGAUUUUGGACAAAGCCCAAUGAGAAUCCACUGAGCAUUGCUCGCGAGCAAGCCAUGGCAGUUGGAAUAGCUUCAGCUGAGAGUAUGUCUUCGGAAGAAUUGGUUGCGGCAUUGCGACAGGUCGACGCUGUAAAGCUUGGCAAAAGUAUCGACAAACUCAAGUUCUGGCACGUUUUCCCGCUGGUCCCAUACCGUCCAGUGGUUGAACGGUAUGUGGAUAACGAAACCUUCAUCAGUGAAGAUCAGCGUGUACUUUGGGCUAGGGGUGAUUACCUUCAAGUACCUUGGACCGCGUCAUUCGUUCCAAACGAGGGAGCCUUCGCAUCGCUGGCUCUCAUCGCUAAUCAAACUCUACUGGACCAAUUGAAUGAAAAUGCAGGUUCCUAUCUGCUCCGUAUUCUGGGGUGCACAGACAGUGAGAAAGCCCGACAAUUGCUGAAAGAGCAUUACUUCUCUGACGGAUCCGAGGACCGAUGGAUUACCGAAAACAAUAAACAUCACAUCCAAGAUAUUUUCAGUGAAUCCUACAUCACUUACUCCUUAGCACAAGGUGUUCUACAACACAUUGCUCUCAAAAAGCCUAAUAAGAGCCCCAUCGAUGUACGUAUCUUCAGUUUCGCUGGACGUUACUCGCAUUCGAAAUAUUUCUCCAAGACCGACGAAAAUUUCGGAGUAUGCCAUUCAGACGAUCUACUCUACCUGUUUAGAGCCAAGGAUCUUUUCCCCGAUUUUAAGUUGAACUCCCACGAAUACUCAAUGGCCGAAAAAUUAGUCGAUGAAUAUGUUCGCUUUGCUUACGAUGGGUUGAAGAUUCGAAACUGCCAACAAAAUCCAUGUUCUAUUCUCGAAUACACCAACUCGGAAGAUCACGAGCUACCAUACCAGCUGAAUGAAGUGACAGGAUUUGAUGAAGAAAUGAUCAAGUUCUGGACUGAAUUCUAUUCGACCUGCUAAACAACCACCACGACAAGGAUUUCGGAUCGUUUUUGAGCACGGAAAUGAACCCAACUUUUAAAACGAAUUUGUAUUAAAACUCUUAAUACGAUAUUUGACUUUCACAAAAGUCUUCGAUUGUCCUCACGAUUAAACUCGUAGUCUGUCCUGGUAUAUCGUCAACAAACUCCUAUCAACUAUCACUGUUCGAUUAAAAAUAUACAGAUAACUCAUUUUGAUCAUAUUUCCUCAUCUCA